AAGUGGUGGCCACUGUAAUACUUAGAAUACAGGUGAUUAUUCAAAGUGAUUAUUUUGUGAUAGUGGGUCUCCUGUUUCACAAGUUGCUGCUUUACCCACCUUGUUCCUCUGUCUUGCAAUAAUGCUCAGAACUACCUGUAUGCAUAGUCUGUGCUUUGAAAGGACUCUUUGAUUAUUAAAGGUAGGGGGACACUGUCACAGAAAAAUGUGGCAUACAUCUUCAUUAUGCAUAUAUCUGCCAUUAUACUCCUGCAUGCACUCGGAAUAUAUGCCUUCUGGUAGAAAUCCUCAAGCACCCAACCUGAAGUCAUUUUUUUCCCUAUUUUGGCUCAAUAUUGUCCCCUUGGAUAGUCCUAAAACAAGAGUUAACCAAGCAACGUCCAUAACUGGAAUAUUUCUAAUGAGCUGUAGAAAAAAAAAUCUGUGUUGACAGACUAAGGCAUAUAGAUCCGUAAGUUGAGUUUCACUUGUAAUGACUUCAUGUGAAUAUCUUCAUACCGGUAUGUGUGUGUAUCUGUGUUGGGGAGAGCAGCUCAGUAGAAACGAUUUGCAAGGCUUUUUCUUUCUGAGAUACUUCACUUCUCAGUCCAGCCUCCAGUCCCGAGAAUUGCCAGCGAUCUCUCCAUCCAAACCAUGGUUGACCCAGUUUUACUUUCAGAGGUCAGCCAAGGUCGGCUGUCAUCCGCUGUGGCCCUUCUGCGGGUAGCCUUCGGCAAAUCCACCCGACGGGCUUCUUUGGGGGGUGUACUUAAGGAGGGGGAUGAAACGCAACUACAUCAAAUCGUUUCCAUUUGGACGGCGCGGAGAUACGAGACACAUUCUGGCACUUCGCCAUAAUCACAGGGUAACUGUACGCGUUGGAUUCCUGCUUCCCCGACGGCGCUGAGCCCCAACUCCUUGGGCGGCUGCUGGCUGCGAACCGGAGAACUGGGACCUUUCCCGAGGAGCCUCCCCUUUUGUGGGCAGGGCCAAGGAGAAACUCUCCGCCGGGCACGGAGCGGGCGAGCCAGUGUUGAGAGCCAGUGCGUGUUUGUGAGACUCUCCAGCUGCGCCUGCCUUCGCCUGCCGGGGAGCGCAGCGUUCCCGCUCGCCCCCCUCGCUCGCCCCCGGCUGGCUUCCCCGCGGUUGUCCAGAACGGGACGAUGUCGUCUUCCUCCUCCAAGGCGUGGAGCUUGGGGCGCCUGUCCCUUUCCUCCAGGAAAGGCAGCCUGAAGCCCUCCGCCCUGGAGCUAGCCGAGCACGCCCCCAACGCCCACUACGCGCCGUUUGCCGUCUCCGCGCCCACCGGAGCCCAGGGCGCGAAGGAGCCGCCGACCAGCGGCGAAGUGGCUGAAGCGGCCACGGUAGUGAUGAGCGCCGAUUUCCCGCGCCCGCCGAUCAGCCUGGACCCGCGCGUCUCCAUCUACAGCGUCCGCAGACCUCUGCUCAGCCGCAGCCACGUCCAAGGCCGGGUCUACAACUUCUUGGAGAGACCCACCGGCUGGAAGUGCUUCGUCUAUCACUUCACUGUUUUCCUCAUAGUGCUGAUCUGCCUUAUAUUCAGUGUGCUUUCCACGAUUGAUCAAUAUGCAGCUCUGGCCACAGGGACAUUAUUUUGGAUGGAAAUUGUAUUAGUGGUAUUUUUUGGAACUGAGUAUGUGGUUCGGUUGUGGUCUUCAGGAUGCCGCAGUAAAUAUGUUGGUUUCUGGGGAAGGCUUCGUUUUGCUAGAAAACCCAUUUCUAUCAUUGAUCUUAUUGUAGUUGUUGCCUCCAUGAUUGUACUAUGUGUUGGUUCAAAAGGUCAAGUUUUUGCAACCUCAGCUAUCAGAGGCAUCCGGUUUCUGCAAAUUCUGCGCAUGCUUCAUGUCGAUCGGCAGGGUGGCACCUGGAGACUAUUGGGAUCAGUAGUGUUCAUACAUAGACAGGAAUUGAUAACCACCCUGUAUAUUGGGUUUCUGGGCUUGAUUUUUUCUUCAUAUUUCGUGUAUUUGGCUGAAAAAGAUGCUGUGAAUGACUCUGGCGAGCAUGAAUUUAGCAGCUAUGCUGAUGCACUUUGGUGGGGAGUAGUGACUGUUACAACCAUUGGUUAUGGAGACAAAGUGCCUCAAACAUGGAUAGGAAAAACCAUUGCAUCUUGCUUUUCUGUAUUUGCAAUAUCAUUUUUUGCCUUGCCUGCAGGAAUCCUUGGUUCUGGUUUUGCUCUGAAGGUACAACAGAAACAGAGACAAAAGCAUUUCAACCGACAAAUUCCAGCAGCUGCUUCUCUUAUUCAGACAGCCUGGAGGUGCUAUGCAUCGGAAAACCCAGAUUCUUCCACAUGGAAAAUAUAUAUUAAAAAACCAUCCAGAAGUUAUCACUUGUUGUCUCCUAGUCCCAAGCCAAAGAAAAUAGGGAUGGUGUCGGUAAAAAAGAAGAAAACCAAAGCAGAAAAGGAUAACGGAUCACUUUCUCCUGAUAAGAUUUUACCUGUUCCACAAAUCACAUUUGACCAUGUGUUGGAGGAUAGGAAAGCUGAUAUUUUUCCUAUGGAUCCCUAUGAAAAUUCUGGAGAAACAGGCAUGUUAAAAUUUCUUGACCGACAGCAUUCCUGGACAUCCUUUUCCACAGAGCAACCAUCUCCCAGUUCUUCAGUUAAAAGGAAUUCUCCAUUUUUAGAGCCACAUGCAGGACCGUUUAUUAGAACAAACAGCUUUGCUGAUGAACUUGACCUGGAGGGGGAGACGUUGCUGACUCCAAUAACUCACAUCUCACAUUUGAAAGAACAUCACCGUUCUGCCAUUAAAGUGAUACGCCGUAUGCAGUAUUUUGUGGCAAAGAAGAAAUUUCAGCAAGCUAGGAAGCCUUAUGAUGUACGCGAUGUGAUAGAACAAUAUUCUCAGGGUCAUCUCAACUUGAUGGUCCGAAUAAAAGAGCUUCAAAGAAGAUUGGACCAAUCUAUAGGGAAGCCAUCAUUAUUUAUUUCUGUCUCAGAAAAAAAUAAAGAUCGAGGGAAUAAUACAGUUGGUGCCCGGCUGAACAGAGUCGAAGACAAGGUAGUCCAAAUAGACCAGAAGCUGAAUCUCAUCACAGAUUUGCUGCACCGCCUGCUUUCCAGCCAGCAAGGAAACCAAAACAGCACCAAAGCAUCUCCCAGGAAUGAUGUCGACUCCAGCCUACCUCCCAGCAGCGCUCUCCCAACCUAUGAACAGCUAACAGUUGCAAGGGCCUUGCAAGACGAUGGUUCCUGAUGCCUCAGAGAUUUGUUCCCUUUCAUUAAAUUGACACUUAUGAAUCUCAACAGGGGCUGGGGACAAAUUUAAACUCAGAAUCGGCCAUACAAGCAUGACACGUUACUUUUAAGCUAAUUUUACUAUCCUCUCAACAUGUUGUUCCAAAGAGAAUAAUUCAGACAACUACCAAACUUUAAAACCCACACUGUGUUGUCAUUCUUUAUUCAUGUGAUGCAUUCUUGAGCUCUAAUUUCUUUGUGUGUUUGUGUGUGUGUGUGUGUUUAAAUAAUUCUGCUACAAUCAAUCAUGGCAUUAAAAGAGUACAGGUAGUCCUCGAUUUACCACCACAACUGGGACCAGAAUUUCUGUUGCUAAGGAAGAUGGUUGUAAAGCGAAUCAUGCCUGAUAUUACGACAUUUUGCCGGAGUUGUUAAGUGAAUCAUUGCAGUUGUUAAGUGAAUCCUGCAGUCAUUAAGCAAACCCAGUUUCCCCAUUGAAUUUUCUUGUUAGAAACCAGCUGGAAAAGUCACAAAUGCAAUCAUAUGACUCUAGAAUACUGCAAUCAUAAUAAAUAUAUGCAGGUUGCUAAGUAUCUGAAUCAUGAUCACACGAUGAGAAUAAAUGCAAGACUGGUCACAAGUCACUUUUUUCAGUGCCCCUGUUAGUUCAAACAAACACUAAACCAGGUGUCUUCAAGGUUGGCCCUUUUAUGACUUGUGGACUUCAACUCCCAAAAUUCCUCAGCUAGCAUGCCUGGCUGAGGAAUUCUGGGAAUUGAAGUCCACAAGUCAUAAAAGGGCCAAGCUUGAAGAUCCCUGCACUAAACAAAUGGUUGUAAGUCAAGGACUACCUGUAAUUAGUCCAGAUAUUAGCAAAAAGACAGUCAGUGUAUCUGCCCAGGGUAUUCUGCUGUUACUGCUGCCAUGAACAUCAUUCUGAAGUCUUGCACAAUCAUACACAAUUGCAAUAGUUUGAAAAUUCCACAGCUUCGCUUGGCUAAUUGCAUCCUAUGGCCCUUCAGUAAGAAUAAUACUUGAACUUAGUUAUAUCUGAAUUCUGUUCCCGACUCUGCCGAUAAUGAUAUAGUUUUGCUCAAUAGAUUCCAAAAGAGAAUGUACAUAAAUUGCCAUCCUACAGACAGGCAAGAGCAUAUACACUGAAUAUUUUUUUCUCCCACACUCCAUUGUUGAUUCUACACAAUAUUGUGAAACCUACCACAUUUAAAACAAAUGUCUGCCUUUCUUCAGGGAAGAAUCAGUGUUUUAAUCAAAAACUGUAUUGUUUGUAAAGGAAGAUUUCUUUUGUAUAAUACUGUAAUGGAAUUGGGACUUUGAAAUAUUGAAUAGGAACUUUUUAAAAAUAGCAAUUAUAUUGCUGCCAAAUAAUUUA